AUGCCCCGCUUCACCUUCGCCUGCUUCUGCGGCCUCCACGGCUUCUGCACGAUGAGGAAGGAGAAGGACGAGCGCGGCGCGGAGCGGGAGACGGCGGUGUGA